AUGGCUACCGUGGGCAGGGUCAGCUUCACGGUGAGGAGCCUUUUGGAUUUACCCGAACCCGAAAGCGACGGCAGCAAGGAGCAGGACCCGAGCGACGGCGACAGCGGCUCCCCGUACCGGGAAUGGAUGGAAACGGACCGGAGCCACUAUCUCUCUUCGGACGAGAGCGGCCCCGAGAGCAGACCGCGGCCGGCCGCCGCCUCGGCUCGAGCUGACGAGGACGAAGAGGAGAAGAAGAAGAAGCGGCGGGUGCUCUUCUCCAAGGCUCAGACGCUGGCGCUGGAGCGGCGCUUCCGGCAGCAGCGCUACCUGUCGGCGCCAGAGCGGGAGCAGCUUGCGCACUUGCUGCGCCUGACGCCCACCCAGGUCAAGAUCUGGUUCCAGAAUCACCGCUAUAAGAUGAAGCGCGCCAAGGGCGGCGGCCAGCGGGCCGGUGGCGGCGAAGCGGCGCCGGUCCUGCGCAGGGUAGUGGUGCCGGUGCUGGUGCGGGACGGCAAGGCCUGCCAAAGCUGCAGCGGCGCGACCACGGCGCAGGACUACGGCAGCGGCGGCGGCGUCCAGACCGGGCUCAGCCUCCAGGGCUACCCGGCCUUUCCUCAAGCCGCCUCCCUGAGUCUCUUCCCCGCCUACCAGCGCUUAGCACCGCCGGCCCUCGUCUCCUGGAACUGGGGUUGAGGACGGCGCCCACAGCCCGCGCUGAUGACAUCCACUGGCUGCCUGACUGGGGGACUCCGGCCCCGAACAGCUUUGCUUCUUUUUCUGUGGAGACACGCGGGCCUGUCUGCCUUGGGGUGAUGCCUUGGACUGGAGUCUUCAUCCCGAAGGCACUGGCUUGAAUAGGGCUACUUUAGAGUAAAUGAAUUGCGGAUCCCAGCCAUUUAAAAAAAUGUACAAAUCAAAUCCAAUCCCCAGCAGCGUCCUUCGAAGUGAAGUGUGCCCGAUCCCCCCCUCCAUUUCAUUUACGUGGAAGUCAGCCCCUGUAAGGGUGUUUAGGAUGGCCAGGGAGAACGAAGCUGGGGAUCUGACAGGAUGCAAAUCCUGGGUACUCUUAUUGGGCUCCUUCGAGUACAAGCGCAGAUCGGAAUGAAUAUAGAACUAAGAGCGCAAAUUUCAGAUCACCCAACCCUGAUUAAUUUCCCUUCAACACAUGUCAUGUGUUCACAGUAACGAUUUGGGAAAACGUGGAGGUUUUCUGCUCUUUUGAGAGUAAAGUUGGGAUUCUAGCCCUUAUGAAAGAUUGUGCUUAGAAAAUCCCAGUAUAGUUGUUCCAGAUUCAUAAAUACGGAGUACAAGGGUGGGAGGGAUGCUUAGGAUCCUGGUGUUUGGAGAUAAAUUCACAUGUAAAUGUGUUGAGGAUUGGCAUGUCCAGCGUAGCUAAUUAAGGGAAUAUCUUUGAUCAUCCCGUCGUAACCCUGUUUUUGGCCUUUUGUUUCAGAAAGCUGGUCAAAAACAUAGUUGUUGUUUUAAAAUAGGUUGUGUUUCCUUCAAAAUGAAACAAA